AUGACAGGAUCAAUCUCAGACCCACCCCGUCUGACCAACUUCCCCCAACUCCUCCCCAGUUGCCCCAGCAGCUCCUCCUCUCCAAUCCAGAAUGCCAACACGGCGACACCCCAGGAGCGUGAGCUCCCAGUGAUAGACCUGAGUUGGCUGAGCAGUGAGUGUGAGGCAGAAAGGCAGUGGUGUGCAGAGGCCAUCCGCAGGGCCGCCACAGACUGGGGAUUCUUCCGGGUGGUGAACCAUGGGAUCCGCAGUGAGCUGCUUGGGGAGAUGAGGAGGGAGCAGGUGAAGCUGUUUGAGACACCGUUUGAGACCAAGGCCAAGUCCGGCCUCCUCAACAACUCCUACUGCCGGGACACUCCCACCGCCACCUCCCUUGCCCAAUGCUCCUGGCCUGAGGCCUUCCAUGUCCCCCUCAGUAAAAUAUACGAUCCCUCUUGCCAUGGCCAAUUCAGCUCUCUCGGAGGAGUGAUGAUGGACUUGGCCCCCUCCAUGUCUAGGCUGGCCAGGACCCUGGCGGUUGUCCUGGCAGAGAACCUCAGGCAUGGGGGCCGCAGUGCGUUCGAUGAGAUAUGCCACGAGAGCAUGUGCUUCCUCCGGCUGAACCACUACCCUGCAUGCCCGCUCUCGCCAGAGAUGUUCGGUUUGGUACCCCACGUGGAGAGUGACUUUCUGACCAUUCUCUACCAGGACCAGGUAGGAGGCCUCCAGCUGCUCAAGGACUCCCGACGGGUCCCCGUGAAGCCCAACUGUGACGCUCUCAUCGUCAGCAUCGGAAACCUCCUUCAGGCGUGGAGCAAUGACGUGUACAGGAGCGUGGCACACAAGGUGGCGAUGGACGGCGAGGUGGAGAGAUACUCCGUUGCCUACUCCCUCUGCCCUUCGUCUGACUCUCAGAUCGGGAGCUGCAGAGAGCCCUCCGUCUACAGAAAGUUCACUUUUGGUGAAUACUCGAAGCAAGUUCAAGAGGACAUCAAAAGAACCGGCCAUAAAGUUGGGCUUCCACAUUUCAGGCUAACGAAAAGGAAGAGAUCAUCACGUAGCGUCGUUCCAAACAAGAACGAGUGGCCCGUUCCAAGGCACGAGGAAGAAGAGAAGCACUAUGCUGACAUCUCCACGGAUUUGGUGCUCUACGAGAACCCGUGGAAGAUCAGGAAGAAGCUAACGGAAAGCGACCUCGGGCACUUGUCGCGGCUCCUGCUUCCGAGGGGCUGCGUGAAGACCCACGUGCUCCGGUGGAUGGGCGAGGAGAUGGUGGGCCAGGUCGAGAGCAAGGACGGGAUGGAGGUCGUCGUGAGGGACGCGGACACAGGCGACGAGCACCGGCUCGUGUUCCGUUACUGGGCAUCGUCGAGGAGCUACUUGCUGAACGGGGACUGGAACAAGCUGUUCGCUAAGGGGCGAGGGUUGAAGGUCGGGGACGAGAUCGGGAUGUACUGGGACACGGUCUCUUGCAACUUCCACUUUGCUGUCCUUCGCAAGUCUGGAGAAUUUGAAGAGUCUGAUCAUGCUUGGCCACAGUCUGAGAUACUUGCUGAUUCAAAGUCUGUACCUGAGUAUCUAAGGACUGUACCUUCUCAGUGUGAAAGUCAGAAGAGCUUCAGCGAAUUGAAUUCAAGGAGAACUAAGAGAGGAGGAAACAUCAACUUCUCUAGUUCCAAGACUUGGACUAGAUUCAGCAAUUUCAGCUUCAGGAAAUUGAGAAGCAUAGACAUCUUCUGGGUGGAGAAAGAAUUUCCUCUUCUUAAGUCUUCUCGUUUGCAGGACGAGAGUGAUGUACUUUCUCUGUACGUACUCAUAUUGGACCACUCCGAGUUGCUUUUGAAUCUUUAG